AUGGCGCCAAUAACACUAAGCACAGUUGACAACGAGAUAAAGGAUAUAAUCCAGCACCUCUUCGAGAUCCAAUCGGCCGUCCAUGGCUACCUAGGCCCCGAGACACAGCAGGAGCUCGUACGGAAAAUCAAAAACCUCACAGCAUCCCUCCACACCCUCUCAAUCCACACAAGCGACGAUCCCUCCUCAACAGACCCCUCAAACCCUCAUUCCACCUCUACAAACAAUGCCAACGCCAACAUCAACCCCUCCGACCCACCGAUAACAUCCAUUGCGCUCCCGCCGGAGAUAAUCGACUACGUGGACGCGGCGCGCAACCCGGACAUCUACACGCGUGAAUUCGUGGAGCUCGUGCAGCGCGGGAAUCAGGAUCUCAAAGGGAAGAAGGAGGCCUUUGCGAGUUUUCGGGAUGUGCUUGCGCGUGAGAUGAGGGGGGCUAUGCCCGAGGUUAGGGGGGAGGUUGAGAGGGUUAUUAGGGCUACGGGGGGGGAGAGGGAGGAUCAGAGGUGA